UGCCCUAAAGCACCUGGAGCACGCCCAACAGAACACUCCUGUCUGCCUCCCUGCUGCCACAAUGGCCUGGUGGCACCUGGCCCUCCUUCUGAUUGGAGACCUGCUGGCAGUCUCCCAGGCAGCUCUGACCCAGCCAGAGGCACUGUUGGUCUUCCCAGGCCAAGUGGCCCAACUAUCCUGCAUGAUCAGCCCUCGUCAUGCCACCAUUGGAGACCAUGGAGUAUCUUGGUACCAGCAGCGAGCAGGGAGUGCCCCCCGCUUUCUCCUCUACUACCGUUCAGAGGAGGAUCACCACCGCUCCCCAGACAUCCCGGAUCGUUUCUCGGCAGCCACAGAUGCAGCCCACAAUGCCGGCAUCCUGAUCAUCAGCCCCGUGCAGCCGGAGGAUGAUGCAGAUUAUUACUGCUCCGUGGGCUACAUAUCUUAGGGGUGGGGUGUGGGAUGAAUGCCUCCUGUCUGUCUCCCACUUCUGUCCUUGACCUUAGGUCCCUCUCUAACUUUCUCUGAGCCUUGAUGUUCCUCCUCUGUAAAAUGGGCUAAUAAUAUCUGGCAUGUCAACAAUAACUAUUCAAAAGGCCA